AUGUUGUGUUUUUACUUUCUUAUUGCCAUAUCAUCCAUUGCAGCAGAUUCGUUAUCAUUUUUUGGCCAACGACAAUAUGGAUCAAUGAUUUUCUACAUGACGGGACGUGCUCCAACAGAUUAUGAGAAUUAUGGAUGUUGGUGCCGCACAGGAAGUAAACCAGAUAAAUAUGUUGAUGAAGUUGAUUUAUGUUGUAAAUUUCGUUUACAUUGUUAUAAUGAAGUUCUCAAAUCAUCUAAAUGUAACGGAAUAGUAACAGAAUAUGCCGUUCAACUGGAUAAAUCAAUUAACUGUAUCGAUAAUACUCAAACCUGUGGUUAUGAAAUAUGUAUGUGUGAUAAACUAGCAGCUGAAUGUUUUGGAGCAAAUUUGGAUAAAAUUAAUAAUAGUUUUUUUAAUUUACCGAAAAAAGAAUGCCGCUAUGAAGGAGAAAAUACAACAACUAGUACAACAUGUGGAACAGCAAAAUGGAAUUUCAAUGGAAUAACUGUUGCGAGAGCAGAUGAACUAAAUAGUGUAUUUGUUGACGACAAUAACAACUUAUAUAUAACAGAUUCAAACUUAAAUAACAAGCUUGUAGUAAAAUGGACUCCAAAUACUACAAGCGGAAUGAGAUUAGUAGAUUUUCAACAAGGGCAAUCAGGUCCUCCUUACAGAGAGAACUUUCGUAAUCCAACAGCUAUGUUUGUGGAUAAUACUGGAAAUUUAUAUGUUACAAGUAGUUUAGGAACAUAUACACAUACAGUUAUGAAUCCGUCUCUACCACACGGAUUUGAGAAUGUCGUAAGGUACUUUGGGUAUACAGUUGAAAAAUUGUCAAUAGGUUCUACUAAAGCUGUUACUAUAGCAAGAUUUGAAAAUGGUGUUAACAAGAGUAAACAUAGUGACAGUUAUGGACUCUAUGUUGAUUUGGACGAUAAUAUUUAUUUAUCAGAUCAAAUUAAUCAUUAUGUUCUUAAAUUUUUUCCAAAUCAGCAAAACUAUAGUGAAAUUGUUGCUGGUGAUCUUAAUGGUAAAGGAAAUGGUUCUCAUCAAUUAAAUGAACCAAAACAAAUAUAUGUGGACACUUGGGGUAAUAUUUAUAUAGCUGACUCAAACAAUCACCGCAUACAACAAUGGGCACAAGGAGCAAAACAAGGAAUUACUGUUGCAGGUGGAAAUGGACAAGGUUCACAACCAAAUCAGUUGAAUACACCAAAUGGAGUAUGGGUUGAUUCAUAUGGAAAUAUAUAUGUUUGUGAUGCAGGAAAUCAACGAAUACAAAAGUGGAGUGUGAAUGCAAAAGUUGGUGUCACUGUAGCCGGUGAUUAUGGUGACGGUUCAAAUCCACUACAACUGAGUUAUCCACAAUCAAUAAUGUUAGAUUUGUAUGGGAAUAUUUAUGUUGCUGAUAGAGGCAAUAAACGUGUGCAGAAAUUUGUCCUUGAAUCACCUUCGAGUUGUUAA